AUGGCCCUGAAAGUACUACUGUUUUUGAUGGCUACAAUGAAAGUGAGUACGGUACGAAGAAUGCAGAACAUAUUAGAAGAGUCCAAUAAAGCUAAGAAGUACGUGGAUAUUGUUGUAAGUGAUUCAAUUUUUCCUUCUUGUACGCAGUCAGAAUUUCUGAAAAAUACUUCCAACAAAACUAACUUUAUUUCAUUCUUGGCCGUAAAACUUACAGCUGCUAAAUUUAAAGUUCAAAUUUCUCCUGGAGAUGCUGAUACCCACAUCGUGAAUACAGCUGUCAUAUUUUGUACUGAAAAUAAGAAAGGAGUUAUAGUCGGCGAAGACACUGAUCUCCUGGUCAUAAUUAUAACUGUAGUUAGAAUUUAUGGAAAGUUAUCUGGAGCAGCAAAACAACACAGCUACAGAGUUUUUCAUCAAGUCCAGUCUUGGCGUGGGGUCCAACUUCCUGCUACUGAGUGGGGAUGGAUGAAAAAAGAGGGACAACUGUUGCCGGCUCCUACACUAGAGCCUCUGGCCCCCGAAACUAUAUUGAAGUUGGUUUUUUGUAACUGUAAAACUGACUGUGCCCAAAGAUGUGACUGUCGCCGAAGAGGACUUCCAUGUACCCCAAUGUGUGGAAAAUGCAAUAGUGAAGCAUGCAGCAACAGACCUUUCAUGGUAGUUGACGGGGAAGAACAGUUGGAGGUACAAGAAUGCUCCUUAGAAAAGGAUUAUAUUACUGAUCCAAACGAACCUGGGCCAUCCAGAUUAUCCAACUAA